AUGUCGAACCCCAGUGUUAACGUCCAAGAUCAACAAAAAAUUAUCGAGUUCCUGCUUUUGAAGAAUCAGAAUUUGCUGUUGGAGCUUGGGGUGGUGCAAGAUGUAGAGGAGGUGUCCUUGGAAGUUGUCGAGAAAGCUGCCCGAGAUGUCAUGGCCUCUUAUCCGCAGCCUCCGGGGGACGAGAGUGAAGAAGAACAUUUGCGUGAACUGAAAGGAUUAUUGCUGGAGUUUGAAGAUUGGAAGUUGUGUGAUAUUCGGGACAGACAGCACAUGUUGAUCUCAAGAUUCAGAAGUUUGCUUUUCAAUUUGGGAUGCAACGACAAGACAUGCAAGGAAGUUUCGUUGCCCUAUUUGCAGAAUGAGCUUGGGAAUCUCGAAUCGCGUGGUCAUUCACUCCGAUUUGUUUCGAACUUGAAGUGUAUUCUUCGGGACUUGAAAGCUUGGAGAAUGCUAUGUGAAGGCCGGCUCAGCGAGGAAAUGGAUGAUGUUACCUUUUGGCGCAAAAUGAGAUUUGCACCACCGUCUCCGAGCGAUGAAGACUCGGAUAGUGAAGGUCCGACACUGUGUCGCGACGCUCCACAUUGCAAUGACUUCGAUGAGAACUAUCCUCUGGGACCUGGUAUCUCGAAGAAAAGAAAGAAGACGAUCACCGAGGAGAGACGGAUGGAAUACAAAUUUCUCUUUGCGGCUGAGGCUCAUUGUUUGAGGUGCCUGAAAUAUUAUGCGGCGCAGCCAGACUUUGAUGUCAAUUGUGAGUCGUGCGGGAAAAAUGCUCGGGGGUGGGCAGAUUCGAACACGACUUACAACAUUCCCACGGACAUCGAUGCGUGGCUCCGUGACAAGAAUCUUUAG